AGAAGAAAGAGAAGGACUGGGAAAGAGAGAGGGAGAAAGGUGUAAACAGAGUGAGUGAGCAGGGCCUGGUACCUCUGGACGUGGCUGCUCUAACCCAGAACUCCCCUCUGCUGCACGUGUUGACCAAGGCAGGAGCCAGACACAACCCCGUCUUGUGUCUUCCAGCGGAGUGGUUGUGCAAGCUAGAUGCCCUGGUGAUGUUGGCUGACAGGCAGGUGGAGGACAGGAGGGAGGAGCUACUGGGUGGAGCAGGGGCGGGGCCACAUGUGCAGGCCAACAUACAGAGGCAGCUCCACCUCUGGACUCUGCGGCAGCAGCUGUACUGCAGGAUGAGGGAGAGCUUCCACCACACAGACCUCCCUGGCCCUCCAAGCAGUGUGUCACUGUUUGUGACCAGUGCCUCUUCCCUGUUUGUGUCCAUUCGAGAGCCAAACGGUAUCGCCACUGGAUUGAUCACCCGCUACAGAGUGGAAUGGAGCACCUCGACCAACUUCAAGAGUAUACUUGGCUCAGCCCAAGUGAUCGACACUAAGACCCCCGUCCACAGCAUCACAGGACUCAAGACAGGAAUGCACUACUUUGUGAGAGUGACCGCCUACAAUGUGAAGGGAUGGGGCCCGGCUCAGAGCUCCAGCCCAGUCAGUGCUGCCCCCUCCAGUGAGCUGGAGGGAGUGUAUGGGAGUGAAAACUCCAAGCAGGAACAAGGAGGCUCUAGUCAGGAGACUGUUGGAGCAGACCAGAGAGCCACACUACAAGGGAUACUAGAGCUCAAGCCCCAGAGCCCCAGUAAGCGCCUGUCUAUGUCUCGCAGCCUGAAGCUGCUCUUCCAGUCUGCCACCAAGUUUGUCCGUCUCCUACAGAGGGGUGUAUACCUGGCAACUGUGUUCUACAGAAAGGAAAACAUCCUGGUCACAGCAGAUGACCAGCUCCCAUUGGUGGAGAUCCAGUGCUGCUCCACCUCCAUCUCUCAGGACUUCCUUUGGUUUGCCAAGUUGUCCUGUGCGUGGCAACAGGUGCCCUGGCUCCAGCAGGCCCUCUCCUCCGCUCUCUCCUCCUCUUCAUCACUACUUCAGAACAGGCACAAUAUCUUGCAGGCUGUAGCACAACUACAGUCCUCUCUGGGGACAGUAGACUUGGGGCAGGUGUACUAUGAGCCUCUGAAGGACAGGCAGGGUAAUGUCCUGCUGGUGACAGUGAAGGAUUGUGCGGCCCACACAAAACCCCCAGACCUCCCUCUCCACUGGGUCCCCCUGGCCUGGCUGGAGAAGAACCGGAGCAGGACCCCUCUACUCCCAGAGCCUACUGCCAUGGACACCCUCACAGAGCAGCUCAAGGAGAAGCUGUCCUUCCACAGACACAGUGUCCAGUGGGCCAAGCCGGGCCUGUACGUGGGCAUCUUGAAGCUGUGCAGCACAGUGGAGCAGAUCAGGGUUCUAGUGCCCCAGAGGCUGCCCAACCUGCUAUGCCACGCCAGAAUGCGCCACAACCCCCAUGUGUCCCGGUAACACCGAUAACAUACUACGACUGAGCUUACCACUGAGUUCAGUAUGCACUGCCACGUACAGACGGACUUUUAAACUGUUCUGACCUGGUAUAGCCAAUGAUGAAAUGGAAUACGGUAUAAUACUUAGAAUUAAGUGUGUCCUCAAUGUUUUUCUAGUGUUUUUAAGGAUUACUGACUGGUCAAAUGAGAUCAUUGCUAAUGAUAGUUCCUUGUGAUGUGUCUUGGGCUGCAUUUUUGUUUUAGCGAUGAAUGGGCGUGGUUACAAAGCCACAACAUGUUAACAGCCAAUGAGGACACAGAGGGUGAGGAUGAGACCUCGAUGGACAUCUCUGGG